GUUAGCUUAGCUCCAGUCUACCCACAGCGAAAGCCUUCAUUCUCAGUCAUCUGUCGGACGUCCGAAGCUGAUAUAUUCCCUCUCAGGAAAGCGACGUUGCCUUCUAUCUCCCACCGACAGAGGUUUCUGAAACAUCAAGAUAUUCAAAAUGUCUAUUCUGGGGUUAAAGAAGAAACAGCCAAAGACUUUCAAAGUCAAAGUCAUUACAAUGGAUGCUGAAAUGGAAUUCAGCUGUGAGGUCAAGUGGAAAGGGAAAGACCUGUUCGAUCUGGUUUGUCGUACCGUUGGUCUGAGGGAAACGUGGUUCUUUGGGCUCAGGUACACGGUAAAGGACACUUACGCAUGGCUGAAACCGGAGAAACGGGUUUUGGAUCAGGAGGUCCCAAAGGACUCGCCCAUAACAUUUCAUUUCUUGGCUAAAUUUUUCCCAGAGAAGGUUGAGGAAGAAUUGGUGCAGGAGAUUACCCAGCAUCUGUUUUUUCUUCAGGUAAAAAAACAGAUAUUAGAUGAAGAGAUAUUCUGCUCCCCUGAAGCAUCUGUUCUGCUUGCAUCAUAUGCAGUUCAAGCUAAGUAUGGAGACUAUGAUCCAAACUUUCACAAGCCUGGGUUCUUGGCCCAAGAUGAACUCCUGCCAAAAAGUGUUCUUAUGCAAUACCAAAUGACCCCUGACAUGUGGGAAGAGAAGAUCACAGCAUGGUAUGCUGAGCACAGAGGUAUCGCCAGGGAUGAGGCAGAGAUGGAUUACCUCAAGAUUGCCCAGGACCUUGAAAUGUAUGGUGUCAGCUACUUUGCCAUUACUCAAAACAAGAGGGACACAGACCUGUUACUAGGAGUGGAUGCCCAAGGUCUUCACAUCUAUUCCCCCAACAGCAAACUUAACCCCAAUAAGUCCUUCCCUUGGAGUGGUAUCCGCAACAUCUCUUACAGUGAGAAGGAGUUCACAAUUAAACCCCUGGACAAAAAGAAAGAUGUUUUCAAAUUCUACUCAUCCCAACUCCGAGUCAACAAACUGAUCCUGCAGCUGUGCAUUGGCAACCAUGACCUUUUCAUGAGGAGGAGGAAGGUGGACUCCAUUGAAGUGCAGCAGAUGAAGGCCCAGGCUAAAGAGGAGAAGGCUCGCAAGAAGGUAGAGCGUCAAAUCUUGGCUCGUGAGAAACAGAUGAGGGAGGAAGCCGAGCGAGCCAAAGAGGAGAUGGAGCGAAGACUGUUUCAGCUGCAGGAUGAGGCACGACUGGCCAAUGAGGCUCUGCUGCGGUCUGAAGAGACAGCAGAUCUUUUGGCAGAGAAGGCCCAGAUUGCUGAGGAAGAGGCUAAACUGCUGGCCCACAAGGCUGCUGAAGCGGAACAAGAGAGACAGAGGUUAGAGGUCACGGCCAUGAAGACCAAAGAGGAGAAGAGGUUGAUGGAGCAGAAGAUGAGAGAGGCAGAGCAGCUGGCCGUCAAGCUGGUGGAGCAGUCGGAGCGGAGGUCAAAGGAGGCUGACCACCUGAAACAGGACCUGACCGAGGCAAAGGAUGCAGAGCGGAGAGCCAAGCAAAAGCUUUUGGAGAUCACCAAAACCACUUACCCACUCAUAGCAGCCUACUCCACUCCCCCCCCUCCGCCGGAAGCAAGUGAGAUGGCCUACGACUCAGCAUCCACACGCCUCGAUUUCAAGGACUCUGACAUGAAAAGGCUGUCCAUGGAGAUAGAGAGGGAGAGAUUGGAAUACAUGGAGAAGAGCAAGCACCUUCAGGAUCAGCUGAAGGAGCUUAAGUCAGAGAUUGAGUCUCUGAAGCUGGAGGAGCAGCAGCAGCAAGCCAGCCUCUACAGUCUCCACAGUGAGGCAAGGGGAUAUGCCCCUGAGCCUCUCUACAUACCUCACAGCAAUCGAAACUCAGCAUACAUGUCUCAGAUGGCCUGCUUUGAGGAAGUGUGAUCAGCCUCCCACAGGAUGAGGAGCAAGGACUCUGGCUGUCUUUUCCUAACUCGAUCAAGAUAUUCCUGCAAGGCCUAUAUUUUUUUUUUCUUUUACCUGACAGAUAAACAUUAACACACACACACACACACACAGAAAAGGUUGUGUGACUCCACUAAGACUUUUUAUCAACCCUUCCCAGUGCAAACAUCUAACACACUAGGCCGCCUGCGGAGGCUGUCAUCAUACCUGUACCCUCUGCUACACUACAGUCUCCUCCACAGGUUUUGUAUGAUGUGUCGUAGGUACGUGACAUGUGCCGUUCAUCUACCACUGAUUCAGGACAUGGUGCCGAAAGUUGAUUUGGAAAUACGUUUUUUUAGUUGAUUUUUUUUUUUUUUCCUUAAGGGUUGCUCUCAUCAGCUUGCUAGAUGCCAAUAUUGUUGCCUUAACAAACAGCCUUUUGCCCGAGGACAUGAUCAGAUCUCUGUAGGGUUUGGAUUAAUGUCUGAAAUGUCUUGACACAAGAUCCAGGGAAGGUUUCUACCAUCCUGGUAAAGGUGGACAGUCAUGGAAUUAUGGCUGACUGUGUUUGUUUUGUUUUUUCCAGGCCUGGGAACGUUAUGGAAAUUAUGUAUCAACGUUUUUUGGGAAAAUAUAUCUAAGUAAUCCUUUUUGAAAUGUAAACGGACAGGGGUUUAACAUCAAGUUCGGCCACUUGACGUCAAGUUACCUUGUGAAGAAUAAAAUUAUGACAACGUUUCCAAAGUCAAAAGUAAUAGCUGCGGUGAGCCAAAACAGGACCUUGGACAUUCAAAUGCACUCGAACAAAAAAAGCAAAAGCAAACGACAGAAAAGCAGAGUUUGCUUUAGUCGAAGUUGUGGAAGAAGAAUUUGACGAGCAAAAAAAAAAAAUGUGGAGGAACCCUGUCAACAUGUCACACUCCAUAGAAAAUUGUGUUAUUUUCAGUGUUAGAUAUUUUAUUUUUAUAUAUAUAUAUAUAUGUAGUGCUUGUUGUGGCCUUCAACGAGAACGACGUGUGCCGCCGCCAUUUCUAGCGCCUGAUCAUGUUAUAGCUAUCGACAUAACUACAAGCUCACGCUCCGUCAUUUCAAGUGUUCCAGUUUUGCACUGUAGACUGUUGAUGUGCCUUACACUUUAAUAAUUUUGUCUAUAUAUAUUAUGCAUUACUGAGGAUGUAUUUGAUAUUUGCUAUGCUCACGUGCCUUAGAGAGUUGACGAAAUUUAAGCUUGGGGGGGUCGAGGUCUCCGUCGUACCUUGACUGGAUUUCAAAUUGGGUGAUCAGUGACAGACUGAUCUGUUUCUGUACCUCUGCAUGGGAGCUCAUCAGGACUGGUUGACCCUCUUCUGGUUUACCUAACUCGUUUGUCCUUUCCGUGCAGGCUGUUCAAUGCCAUGUGGGUUACUAGCGGAACUGUAAUCGCUAUUGCUUGUUCGCCCGAGUAAAACACUACUUUUGACAAUAACUUAGGUCAAUUUAUUUAGUAUUCACUCAUAAUGGUGGACUAGUAAGAUUUCUCAGCUAAACUCAUUGGUUACAGAAUCGGCUAAGAGGAGUUUAAAUGGGUCUAGAUACCCCACCCUCCCCUUCCCUGCUUGCAUCUUUUAAAAGGGAAAACUUGGAUGUUAUGCCUGGAUGUCAAAAUUAAAGCCAGGUAAUCCUGCAUGUUUUUUGUUAUUUUCUUAAUUCAUCUUAAGACCGAGCUAGAAACUAGAUUGACUUUAUGAAAUGAAUACUGAAACCACCGUUUGGGUUCGAUGAUAUGUCUGCAGCUCAGAUUCUGUAAUGUCUCUCAAGAUCUGAUCAGAAUCUGUCAUUUUUGUGAAGAUCUGGUGGUAAAACUUGGCAGAGCUAACCCUGGUGUUGUGCGAAUGGGAGCUUGGAAGGCCACGUGUUGAUACUGAAAUUGCCGCGUGCUUUCUUCUUCAAAUCGGUGUUCUGGUUUGCUUUAUUAUCCAAGCCUACACUUGUGUUUUUAGUACCACCUCUCACACAGUCACUCAUGCGCUCUGAAUAUAAAGAUAUUUUGCUCAACUCUACCUAAAUACAGGGAUUUCCGUUGAAAGAGACUUUGCUUUCAGUGGUAUUACCCUGUCAGAAACCCAAGUCUGGUGUUAGUAUAUAGAUUUUAUACCCGGAAAUAUAUUUCUACCAUCAGGCUUAAAUUUAAAAGGCUUUUUUUUUUUUUUUACAAUUUCAUACAUAUAGCACAACCAAGUCAAUGCAACUGUUGCGCAGAAGUUAUUUUGCGCAUCCCUUCAGUAGAAGGGUGAUCAGUAAACAUCCUGUCUUCAGUCUGUGUCAAGACUUUGGGAGUUAGGUCAUAAAGCUGAUGAGAGGAGCAUCGUCCUCGUCAUCCUGACCAUAAUCAAUAUCCUCACAAAAGCGGUGUUCUUAAACAUGCAUUUUUCAUAACGACCAUGCGGUGGUUGGUAUUUCAGCAAACAAUUUCAGAAGCCAGAUCUAUAAACUGCCGGCUGUUCAAAUCCGGCACAGAUCGGCACGUUUUGAAAACGCUAUUCAUGAAGUUAUCUGAAGCCAUGUGUACCUGCUGGGAUCCCGAUGGCGUGAUGUUCAGCGUGGACGACAUGGUUUGAAUUUGUUGGUUAUGGUGUGUUGAGGAAAACACAGAGAGAGUGGUGUUAGCAAACAAGUUCAUUUUGAAUCACGUCUGACUUUUAGCCUGUGUAGACACAUCAGCCAGGAUGUCUUAAAAGCUGUCAUGUUGUGUUGGACCUCCAAUUCUGGCACUUGUGGGAGAGUCUUCUCCUUGCUGACCCGUUAUUUUGGAUGCAAGAUGUUGGGCUUGCCAUUAUGAAUGCUAUCUGAAUGGUUUUUCUAUGGUUUUUGUGCAUUACAUGAAACUUAUUGCAAAUAAACAGACACUUAAACCCA